AUGUUGAACAACACAUUAUCAGCUUCCUCCACUUUGCAUAACCACAUUAAAAAAGUUCCACUGGUAUUUGAAGUUGUCUCUUUGAACCAUGAUACUGGUGCACCUACCACCAUUUACAAGAAGGAAAGCCAACAAUUGGGUCUAACCAGAAAGGGGCAAAAAGAACUUGAACAAAUUAUGCUUUCCAAAGAUUAUAGAAAGAGAAGAUUUAGAGACACUUUCUACAACAAAUCAGCAAUGCUUGAAAAUGAGUGGCACUUUGAGAGAUACGAUAUUGAAACAAACGAAACAGUUUCUAUUAUCAAAACCAUUACCAAUAAUGCACUGGAUCUUAAAUCAUUCUCCAGACAUGCAAAAAGCUUUACUAUGUCAGAAAUAGUAGUUUCUUAUGAAGUUCAAUGUUUAGAGUGCGACUUUGGAAAUUAUGUUAUUGAGAUGGAUGAAGUUACCUUUCCCAAAGGGGAUCCUCAUUUCACUUGCACAAUCAUUUACAAAAAUGAAUCAAAGUUUACUGAUACUGAUUGUUGUGGAAUUUCCAAAUGCUCACAGAAUUCCAACUACCCUGUGAGAAGUCAAUUAGCUGAGUAUUUCUAUAGACAUGAUAGAAUAUUCUACGAUGAAUUGAUGAAUGCAAAAGUAAUUGCUGAACAUGGUUAUCAUAUUUCCUUAACAUUAAAACAGAUUGAAGAAGUAAACAAAAGAUCAGAUGUUGAGGACAUUAUGGCUAUGGUUUCAGGAACUUACAAUCAAGAUAUUCCAGAAUCAGAAUCAGAUUUAGACUCAAUGGUAAUCCAAGAUGAUGAUACCGACGAUGAUGAGGUUUAA